UAUGUAAUAAUAAUCAUUACUUUUUACAAUUUAAUUGCCAUUACAUUUGAUUUAUUUUUUACUUUGCAUUUAAUUAUCGCAAAUAAUUAUCAAGGUGAUUUUUUUCCCCAAUAUUAUUUAAUGCCUAUAGCUCAGGUUUAUUUAUUUGAUCUGUUUGUUUUUUUUUGUUGUUGUUGUUGUUUACUUAUGAUUUGAUGAUGCUGAAGAACACUAUUUGCUGUUUAUAUGUUAAGAAUGAUAUCUUAGUUUUUACAGAAACGAAUCCGUUUAAAACGAUACCCGUCUCUCUGUAUGUCUUAUAGUACAUUUCUUGUACAUUUCGUGAGGUUAAUCUUUUUUUUCUUAAGCUUAACAAUGUCGACUUCAUUUUACUAACCGCAGAUUUAAUAAUAAAAACAGAAAACUCCUCAGAAAAGAAAUACGGUGCGGUUUUAUCAGUGAAAUUGGUUUUGUAAGUUCAGUAGGUGAAAAGUUGAAGGUCUUAUGUUUACAGUAAGCAAAUAUCACGUGAUCUAUUCGCCCAACGGUGUCCCUUACAUCUGGGAUAAAAUGUUCACAAAGUGUCUUUAUUUACGAUUCUUUGAGUUUGAAUUUGAGGACUGGCAUUCACGAUAUUUCUAUCUUAAAAACACGUUAAAAAAUAAUGAUAAAAAAAGUCAAAGAUGAGCCACAGGACGCUCUUAUCUGUCAUGUACGAGAGGUGUGAAAGAUGUAACGCGAGCAUCAGUGCAGUGUGAAUAUUCGCGUCGCAGUGUGUGCUCACGUCUCCGUCCACACUUGUACGCUGCGAAUGCAGAGAUCAAUAACUCUUCAUUCAUUCAUUCAUUCACUCAACUCCAUUCCUCCCUCACGUUCUUUUUUUCUGUCUCUUUUAUCUCUCAAAGCAUUAAGACAAUGUUUUCUGUUCUGACAAGUUCUUACUCAGAUCUUCUGUGUGACUCGGGUAAUUACUUUCCACUGGCUUCGAGCUAUUUAAAGCUCUGGUGCAUGAUUGACACCGCAGUAUGACUUUAUUAUUCCUGUUUUUAAAGCACGACUGAGAACGUGGCUUUCGUUUGCGUCCAGGUGAGAAUGGAAAAAAAAAGCGUAAAUAUAUGAUUCAGGCUUACAAUCAUGAUAAACCAUUUUUUUUAGCUUCGAAAAUUGUUGUUUUUGCUCAGAGUUGAACUUCAUUUUCAGUCUAAUUCAGUCUUUAGUCUUCAGCUCCAGGGUGCCCAGUUCGAUCCUGACAUCAGUUUACUUCCGGUGUGGAGUUUCGCAUGUUCUUCCAUAUGGGUUUUCUUUGGGUUCUCCGGUUUCCUCCCACCUCCUAAAAUCAUGCUGGUAGAUGAACUGGCAGCACUAAAUUGCCCAUGUGUAUGAAUGUGUGUGUGUGUGUGUGUGUGUGUGUGUCGUGCCCUACGAUGUAUUGCCGUGUUAUCCAGGAUGCAUUCCCGCUUCACGCUUAGCGUUCCCAGGAUAGUCUCCAGAUCCACAGUGACCCUGACCCUUCAACGCUUACCGGAGAUGAACAAAUGAACGUAAAAGGGGAUACAAACUUUUGAGCUCGCUAACAAAGAUGUUGGCCAACCUCAAGUGCCGUGAUUUAUGUUUCAGUGAUAUGAAAAUAAAUAUUUUAUACCGCUGUUGAAAUCUCAAUUCUGAUUGGUCAGAAGGUGUUGAGCGAUUUUCUAUAGCAGCAGCUCAGAUAGCAGUUCUGUAUUCUGGAACGCUGCACCAACGCUGCACCAAAACCGAUGUUAGUAUUUACAGAAAAAUUCACUGAUACGCUGAGAUUUUGUGCAAGGAGAAGUUCGGUAAGGAGUCUCCAGUGUCAGUGCGUCGUACCAUUCGGUAGGUUUUCCGUCAGGGGAAAGUCUAAGAAAGUUUGUCUUUUCUUCAUGAGAGAGAUGCUGGUGAGAGAAGCUGCUAGUAUCUUGUUUCCGUAACAAUAAAUGUGGCUCUAAAUGCGUUGUUCAUUAAUAAAAUAUUAACAAGUAACCCUUGCUAAAUUGCUGUGGUAUGAGGAAUCAGACACUACAGAGUCAGACCUCAUCACACCACCUUGUCUUUGGUUAUUUUUCCUAGAACGACAAGACUUGUCGUGUUUUAUUCCUUAUAUAGUGUAUGGUGAUUCCCUCGGGAGCAGGAACGUUCACUCCCUCUGCUCCGACUGUGCUGCACAUGCACAAAUAAUGUUGGCACUUCAGACUCGUUCAUUUUCCUCUCUCUCUCUCUCUCUCUCUCUCCUGAACCUCCCAGUGCUGUCGUCGGUUCCUCGGUCAGUCGCUGCAAAUCUGCUGUAAGGAAACUAAAAAUUCAUUUAGGCCGACCCCAAAUCAGAGGGUGUCUGCACCACGGCCUUAUUACACACCGGGCCUAACUUGUGUUGUGGAGGUGGAUGGGGUAUUAUUAUCUCUGUGCUACCCACCCAGCUAUAAAAACGACUGGUGCUGCAUCUCUACAUCACACACUGCCCCUGCACUAGUCCUCUCUCCCUCCCUCUCUCUCUCCCUCUCUCUCUCUCUCUCUCUCUUUCCGCUGUACAGUGGGGUCCACCUCUUCUCUUCUCUUCUCUUGUGUUCUCUUCUCUUCUCUCUCGCACUCAUCCACUUGCUCUCAGUACCACGCACGCGUGAGUGACUGAGUGUGUGUGUGUGUGUGCAUGUGAGUGUGCAUGUGUGUGCGUGCGCGCAAGAGAAAGAGAGAGAGAGAGAGAGAGAGACGUUGUUUCUGCCACUGUUGGAUGUUUUUUUUUGUGAAUGGAGGGAAGAUGAGCGGAUGAGUGAGAAUGGACAGGGAGAGCGGCGUAAAAGACAGGAGAUGAGACAGACACAGAGAGAGAGAGAGAGAAAGAGACAGAGAGACGAACAUCACUCCGUAGUCUCAGGAUAAGUCACACACAUUCCAGAGGAGGCUCAGGAUUCAUAUAAAACUAUGGCACGCAGUGAGGAGGACCUCAUUGGGAUCCCCUUCCCGAAUCACAGCAGCGACAUCCUGUGCAGUCUGAACGAACAGCGGCGUGAUGGCUUCCUCUGUGAUGUGGUCCUAGUGGUGAAGGACCAGGAGUACCGCACACACCGCUCUGUGCUGGCUGCAUGCAGUCAGUACUUCAAAAAACUCUUCACCGUGGCCACGGGCGAUGGCGACCCCAGCCAUCAUGGUAUUUACGAGCUGGACUUUGUAGCACCCGAGUCGCUGACGGCCAUUUUGGAGUUUGCGUACACAUCGACGCUGACGGUGACGUCCUCCAAUGUGAAGGAGAUCCUGGGUGCGGCACGGCUAUUGGAGAUCCCGUGCAUUAUUAAUGUAUGCUUGGAGAUCUUGGACACCGGAGGAGGGGGAGGUACAGGUGGCAGAGAAGGAGAUGAAGAGGAGGAUGAGGAAGAGGAGGAAGAGGAGGAAGAGGAGGAAGAAGAGGAAAUGGCAGAAGAGGUAGAGGAUGACUCGAAAGAUGGUGAGGUUGAGGAACGUGACGAGGACAAUGUCAGUGAAAGAUCUCUUCACGCAGAUGCUUCUGAAAACCAGGAGAACCGAAUCACUGGCAGAGAACGAGGAGCAGACAGUCCCGCAUGCAGCUCACAACAGAAGGUACACUCAGAAAGAGACUUGCCAAACUCUCAGAGAUGCCAAUCACGUACUCCGGAAAAACCCACAGAGCAAGAAGGACUGGAAGGCAGAGCACUGAAAGACUUUUCCAUCGAGUCCCUGCUGCAGGAAGGGCUGUACCCAAAGAUGCCAGGACUAGAGAGAGGGUCAGGCUUCACCACUCUUCUUCCAGGAUUCUAUCCUCCAAUUUGGGCUACAGAGUUUCCAGGCUUCCCACAACUCCUUGAUCGCCAGUGCCCGCCUCACCCUUACCCAACAGCUUCACUGGACAACGGACCCUUGGAUCUCGCCAUCAAGAAAGAAGUCAUCAAAGAGGAAAUCAAAGAUGAGCUCCCCAGUGCUGUGCUCCACAGAGAAUUCCUCAAAGACUUUGUGGGCCCAAGUGUCGGUGCGGCUCCUGAACCCUCCCUGGGCCAGAUUAAGGACGAAGCAGACCUGCGAAACUACUUGACUUUCCUCUCAGCAUCCCACCUAGGGUCGCUGUUUCCACCGUGGCAGCUAGAGGAAGAGCGGAAGCUGAAGCCCAAAGCGUCACAGCAGUGUCCCAUCUGCAACAAGGUCAUCCAGGGUGCAGGCAAACUACCUCGGCACAUGAGGACGCACACAGGCGAGAAGCCCUACAUGUGUACCAUCUGCGAGGUCCGCUUCACAAGGCAAGACAAGCUAAAGAUCCACAUGCGCAAGCACACAGGCGAGCGACCUUAUAUGUGCCUGCACUGCAACUCCAAAUUUGUGCACAACUAUGACCUUAAGAACCACCUGCGUAUCCAUACAGGCGUGCGGCCCUACCAGUGCGAGCACUGCUACAAAAGCUUCACCCGCUCUGACCACCUGCACCGCCAUAUCAAGCGUCAGAGCUGCCGAGUUUCACGCCCUCGCCGGGGGCGCAAACCCUCCUCCGCCUGGCGCUCCUCGUCCGGCUUCUUCUACCCUCCAGAUGCCCAUCCACUACAAGGAGACCAAACGUUGCGUUUGCCAUCCCUUGGAGCACCGGUGCCCAGUCAACUGCCCGAAAGACGGCAGAAUUUAGACGGUGGCAGCAGCAGAGAGAAUCUGACCGACAGGAAGCUCAUCUCAGAGGAUGUGGACAGGAAGAGGGGGGUGUUUGCUUUUGCCCUGGCAAGGGAGGACGUUCUACCGCACCCAGCCUUUUACCCCCCGACCCCUGAUCCCUGGACCGUGAGACUGGAGCGAGCGCCACCCGUUCCUGAAGCCGCAAACUGACCGCUCAGAAUUAUUCGGUCACGCACAACUCUUUGUUUUUUUUUUCCUUAAUGUGACUGAGACGAACGGACAAGCUCAAGUCUGAGACUUUCCCUGCAAUGGGUGUGCACUCGAGCAGAAAAUGCUUUUCAGAAUUUCUGAGAUUUUUUUCAAAUCAUAUUGGCAAAUUGCUGAUUUUAACUGAUGUCUUUUUUGUUGUUGUUGUUUAAUCGUCAGCUUUCUAAUGUGAGGCCAGGGAUUUUAAAAGGAUCAAAAUAACUGUUAAAAUCUUGGAUAUGUAUUUGUAUUUAUGAUUCUUCUGGUUGUUUUAUGCUUCUGUACAGUAUUUGCUAACAAGGGUAAAUUAAAGUGGGACUAAAACCUACCCACAGACUGUUAAGUGCAAUUCAUUUUGUUUUCCAUUCCAAAGUUUCACAGGUAAGUCAGGUAUCUAAAGGGACAAAUAACUUCCAUAACCUCUGUCAGAAAUAAGCUACAGGCUUAUCAGUGCAUCUGGAAAGUAACUGUCAUCUACUCUAGCUAGGAUUACAUAUACCACUAUGCAAAGAUUACGUGAAUAAAUGUUUAGCUGUUAGAAUUUUUUUUUUUUAUCACAAAUUAACACCAAAAACCCCCACACAAAAACAAACAGGAAAAAGUCAAGGUUUUCAUGAUAAAACUGAUACAUUCAUAGCAUUACAGUACUUCAAUAUGAUGGAUAAUUGCAUUGUACACCUUAAAAAAAGUCUACAUUAAUUUUUAUCAUGACAACCAGUGCAAAAAAAUAAUAAAUCAUAUGCUUUUUAUUUGGAUUUACUUUCAGGCAUAUCUAGUUUACCCUUGAUAGUGUCCAACGCUUCGUAUGCACUAUUGUACAUAUUUUAUAUCAUGUUUUAUAUAAUCUUACGGUGAAGUUGCUAAUUGUUGUAAAGUAUUUAGACUUUUGAACAUUGAAAACACCCAAAGAUGUGUUGUAUGAGAACAAACUUGAAAGUCUUUUUUUUUUAAAUCACAUUUUAAAAAUCACUUUAAAUCUCUUAAAUGGCUUAACUAAAACGUUGUUUAGUCUUUUUCUUUCUUUUUCUUUUUUAUCUAGCUAUAAGUUGCUGGUUUGAAAGUGUCUUGCAGGUGCUUGUCAUGUACAAAAAUUCAAACAGGGACCGUGUCCAUCAUUUUGAUAUUAUCGUUCCUCUUUUUAGCUAAAUGACUAUUGUACGUCAACUGUGUUUUGAAUUGCUAUGGAGAAAAUAUUUUCAAGCUAUUUAUGCAUAUUUAAAUAGGCCUUGGCUAUAUUUUGCUAAGAUGUUUUUAUAAAGACACUAAAAUGUUCGUGUCCUUGUUUGUCUGUACAAAAAAAAAAUGGCGUUUUUCUUUUUUAAACAACAGAAAGCGUGCUUACGUGAUGUUUACUUCAUUAAUGAUCUCGAUUUAAUACGUUUGAAGUGGAAAGAAGUCACUUAAAAAAAAACAACCUUUCAUUUUCUCACUUCCUCUGUGAAAGUACAGCAAAGUAAAGUCAACUUUCAUAACCUUUAUAACAAAACUGUAACCAUUUUCAUCUUAAUCUGAGUUUGUGCACUGUGAAAAUGCCCUGAUUUUAUAUA